CAGGAGCGGAAGAUCAGCAUCUCUUUAGAUAUAAUCCAUAGUGUUCGCAGUCUAAGUUUUGUCAUAGGCGCAGAGCAUAAUAUAUCAAUUCGUGGAGUGUUAGAAGAGAAAUUGCCGCAAAAUGAAUCAUCUCUCCAAGGCGAUUGUUCGGCAAACAAUCUUGUCGCUGUGCGUCUCGCUCGGGUACUUCGGCAUCGGGCUGGUGCGCGGCUUCUCGGCUCCGGCCAUUCCGUCCAUCAAGGAGACCUUUCCGCAGCUCCUGCCGGAGCGCCACAUCGAGACGUGGGUGAGCUCCGUUCCGCCGCUGGGCGCCUUCUUUGGCAGCCUCGUCACGAUGGUGCUGAUGCACCGCAUGGGCAGGAAGAUCUCCGUGCUGCUGGCGGCGCCCAUCUGGGCGGUCUCGUGGGCACUCAUCGCGCUCUCGCAGCGCUGGGAGAUCAUCAUGGCCGGCAGGACACUGUCGGGACUCGCGGUGGGCAUCACGCUGCCCUCGGCGCAGAUCUACGUCAGCGAGUGCAGCGAUCCGAAGAUCAGAGGCGUGCUGGCCUCCUUUCCCGCCAUCGCCAUGUCGUUGGGCAUCGUGUUUGCCUACGUGAUCGGCAGCUUCCUGCCGUGGCGCCAGCAGGCCUGGUUCGCCUGCGCCGUUGGCAUUCUGCAGUUCAUCGUGAUCGCCUUCCUGCCGGAAUCGCCGGUGUGGCUGAAGAGCAAGAAGAGGAUCCCCGAGGCUGACGUCUCGGCGGAAUGGCUGGCGCUGUCCGGAUUCAGCACAGCCGCUGACCAGGCGAGCGCCGUGAAGGCCUACAAAUCCUACUCUCUGCGCGCACUGUGCAGGAGAACAGUGCUCCUGCCACUGGCUGUUGGCCUGGUGCUGCUGAUGAUCCAGCAAUUGAGCGGAAUCGACGCCGUGAUCUUCUUCACCGUUGAGAUCUUCCGCGCCUCCGGAAGCUCAAUCAACGGCAACAUCGCCACGAUUAUUGUGGGCGUCGUGCAGCUGCUCAGCAACUUUGCCUCCCUCUUCGUCGUGGAUCGCUUCGGCCGGAAACCGCUGCUGAUCGUCUCCGGCGCACUCAUGUCCAUUUCGAUGACAUCGAUGGGAUUCGCCUUCCACCUCAGCGACAAUGGGAACAAUGAGUACGGCUUCCUGCCGCUGGUGAGCCUGAUUGUCUUCAUGAUCGGCUUCUCCGUGGGCUUCGGCUGCAUUCCCUUCCUGCUCAUGGGCGAGAUCUUCCCCACGAAGCAACGCAGCAUCUUGAGCUCCUUCGCGGGCUCCUUCAACCUGCUCAUCAUGUUCAUCGUGAUCUUCACGUAUCAUCCGCUCCAGGUGGCCAUCAGCACGGCCGGCACGUUCUGGGCCUACGCCGUGAUGUGCCUCCUGGGCGUCCUCUUUGUGAUAUCCUACGUGCCGGAGACGAAGGGCCGCGAUCUCGAGAGCAUCACGCAGUUGUUCGAGCGCAAGAGCUGCUCGCGGAAAGUUUCUGCGGUGAAGAGCGCCGGCGUGGACAAUCUCGCGAUGACGGCGAGUGACGCGAAUCUGGAGGCACCAGUUAGCAAGACUUAAGAUCAAUGAGUUGGACUCUUGGACAAUUAGCACGACCUGCUCAUCUUUCAGGCAUUUCCAUUCUGCGGCGAGAACCGGCGAGAAGCGGUUUUCCGCCGCGUCAUUGAGUCAUCGUCGCAACUCAAAUGACCAAUUAUUCCAAAUUAGAGCCACAUAAAUUUGUUUUGUUUGUUGAUUUCAACAGGAUCAACAGUGAUUAGACAGUUCUAAUUCUCAUCUAUUUGGUCACAUUGAGAUCAUCAAUUUAUCGGUCACCCGACCAAAAGUCUUGGAUUCUGCGUUUCAGUCUUUCAACGCGACGUGGAAGGCAAUAGUAAAAAUCAAUUCUCAAAGAAUGAAAAUAUGGAUAAAUUCAUAAACAAUUAUAUCGAGAACGAAAGGA